CAGAAGCCCAGCCUCUUUACCAGAGCAGCUGUGACUUAUAAUAACUGGAACAAUAAAUGAAAGUGAAAGUAUGAAAGAGAAACUAGGGCGAGUUGUUUGUGCUGAAGCAGCUGGCAGAAACUGACGUCCUCCUCCUUUUUUUACUUUUUCUUCAAGAAAAACACAACUGCAAACUCAGAAAAGAGAAGAAAGGCUGUUUUUCUUUGUAAGGGAAGAGCAAUCUUUCUCCUUUGCUGCCUUCCUCUCCCCCACAGCACAAUGCCAGACACUCAGCUGUGUUUAGAGGCCCUGUCGGCUCUCUCCGGCUGCAACGUCGAGUCCACCAGCGGACCCUCCUUGCUCACCCCGCAGGACUUUGUCAACAUCGUGGCCCUCAAGCAGUUUUACAAGCAGGAAGGGUUUCAAGAGCUGGAGUACCCUAGUUUAGGGACUUUAUCCCUGCAGGAUCUGGACGAUAAGGACAUGUACAGCUCCCCACUGGCGCUGACUGAAGGCCCCGGGCCAGAAGAGAGUCUCAGACCCACGGUCAAGAUCAACCCCCAGGACUUCUUCCACCCUCAGUACGACUACGACUUCACCAACAUAAAGGACGGCGACACCAAGUUCAUGCGUGGUGAUGAGCUGUACAUUCGUCCCUGCGGGUGGAACCGGGCCGCCCUGCGUGUCGUCCAGAAGUACGAUGACGGAGACUGCUGGCUCGGUACCGGGAAAGACUCCUGGCCUGUCUCCUACAAUGGACACAGCAUGGACGGCUCCCUCGGCAUCAUCCUGACCCGUGGCGGGAACCCCGCUGAUGAGCCCGGGUUCCUGGAGGUCGCCGCCAACUCUCUGCUCACUGAGGAAACGAAGGGCAGAGGGGUGUACUCCACGCCGGACAUCAAGACGGCGGAGAAGUAUUGCAAGAAGUUCAAGUCCAAAGUGGACGGGAAGACGUACAAAGUGGUUCUCCAGAACCGCAUCAACCCAAAGAAGAGGGUGAAGUGCCAGAGAGAAGACAUCUGGUUAGUCUACGUCCCUGAAGGCUCAAACGAUGUCAAGACGAGGGCCAUCGUGCAGGAGUCCGUCCGCCCGUACGGGCUGCUUCUGAAGAAGGUGUGACGUGUCUUCAGAGUUAUCAGAGGCAGAUCAAUUCUUCAUUAUCAACAAAAAAAACCUCAUAAAAAAUGUUUCACACUCCAGUGAGAUCAAGUUAAUGCUACUGAAAGCGGUGUUUCAGAGUUUGCUCCAACAACACAACAUGGCCUUUUUCUUACAUUAAAUCAAAAAUAAUGCUGAGUUCUUUCCAUAAAAUGGCGACCGUAUCCUACUUUACUGUCUCACUGUACUGGGGACUUUAUGCUGACCUACUGUACCGUCAGCUGCUUUAUUCUGACCCCUCUAGAAAUCAGUUUAACUUUAAUGAAUUUAAAUUCUAGAAAAUGAUAAGAAAAUGAAUAUGGUUUCAACUGUACACUGAACAGCAGCAGUGAUCAAACUCGGUUUAGCUCUCAAUACGAUGUGUUCAAAUGUAAGAAAAGACUAGAGUUGUUCCGAUACCAGCGUCAGAAAUUCCUCCAAUACUGCCCAAAAUGAGGGUGUCCGAUCCAAUACCAUUUAUUUUAUUUAUAGGGUUUAACCUGAGCCAGCCCAUACAACAAUGAUAUAGAUCAAACAGGCUUAGUAGUAUAAACUUUUAAAUAAAUAAAUAUAUAUCGGAUCAGUACUCGGGAUCAGCCGAUAUGCAAAGUUUAGGAAUCUGGAAGGAAAAAUCUGAACAUCUCUAGAAAAGACUGCAGGAAAGAGAAAGCAAGAUGCAAUCCUCAAACAGGUCUAAGGCCCUUUGCAUCUGAAGUUGAUUCAUGCUGCCAUCUAGUGGAAUAUAAUGUGAUGAGCAAUCUUGUGUCAAAGUAGUGACAUUGGAUUAUUCUAGUUCUCAUUUAAAGAGGACAGUUAUGGGUUUUUUCUUCUUUGUUGCACAAAAUGACACCAAUACCUGGUGAAAUGAUGCGUUUUGAACCCAAACGUGGUUUUAUUAUUCUAGUCCGCACAAAGGAGGAGUUCUGGAGGAAAAUAGGGUUAGAACUCUGGGCUUUAGUGAAUGGUGUGAUUUAAUUGGAUUUGACCACUUUGGGAAUUGUUGUUAUGACGUUUGAUUUUCAUAGCUUCAUUGCUUUUUCUGUCACUUUAUAGAAUGUGUGUCUUUGUCUCAUGGGGUUUAUUCCUUAUGUUCCAUUUUUGUUGUCCAUUUCUCUAAUAUAACUGCAGAAACAGAUGUUUUACACCACUGAGAUAAUUACCGAUUCAGUAAUUAUCUGAGAUAAUUACUGAAUCCUGUUUUCUUUGAAUCUCUGGGGAAGGUCAAUGUCCUAAUUUGUAUGAAAUAAACAUCGUGUACAGAU